CUCAUAGACGUCGCCCAGCAUGUCCAUCAUGGAAUAUAACGGAGGGAGUGUGGUGGCCAUGAAGGGCAAGAACUGUGUGGCUAUUGCUACCGAUACACGGCUGGGUUCACAAGCUCUGACUGUCGCCUGCAACUUCGACAAGGUCUUUCCAGUCACUGAGAAGACCUACAUUGGUCUGGCUGGUCUUGGUUCCGAUGUAGCGACGCUGAAGUCGAAGUUCAGGUAUCGCAUGAAGAUCUACGAGAUGAAGGAGGAGAGGACAAUGGAGCCAGAGACCUUUGCUCACUUGGUCUCCUCUACACUCUACGAGAGGAGGUUCGGUCCCUACUUUGUCGAGCCGGUCAUUGCAGGCAUCAGCAGCAGUGGCGAUCCAUUCAUCGCGGGCGCAGAUCUCAUCGGCUGCCUGAACUUUGCAAAGGACGUGGUAGUGGCUGGUACAGCGAGCGACAAGUUGUAUGGAAUGGCAGAGGGCUUGUGGGAGCCAGACAUGGAUGAGGACCAACUAUUCGAGUGCAUCUCGCAAUCUCUACUGGGAGCUUUGGAGAGGGAUGCGCUAAGUGGAUGGGGAGCCAUCGUCAGGGUCAUCACACCCACAAAGGUCAUCGAGAGGACUCUGAAAGCUAGGAUGGACUAG